AUGCCAGAUCUCUCGCCGGAAGAAUGCAUUGCACGCGUCGUGUGGGCAGCGCACAUCCUCUCCUAUCUCACAAAAAACCGAAACCAUGAGGAGCUGCUCGAUGUCAAUGAUCACGCCAAAUAUGAUAACAACACAGACGAUUCAGAAGAGUGCGAAAUGGACUACGAGUCAGAGAAAACGGUGAUCUUAUCGGGUCCUCGAGACUCAGUCCGCCAGAAAUUCCUAGACUGUAUUGCGCAGCUGCUGUCGCCGUGGAAGGGUUGGGACGAUGUUACGGCAACCGCCUUGCGUGAAGAAGAAGAUAGAGUUGAGGUGAAUAUUGCAAGGAAUGACGGGUUUAUUUCCGAUAGUCAGGCUGUGGUUUGUUGUAACAUUUUGGAGGAGUAUCUGGCUGGCAAUUCUGGAGCUGAGACAGGGACAGACGAAAAUGCAAGUCUCCUCACCGACUCCGAGCUCAAACUUCUAGACUACAACUGCCGUCGGGUGGAUUACUGGAUUGACAAGAUUCAAAAUUUGCGAAAGACAGACCAGAAAUUGUUGGACAAGACACCUCAAUGCAGUCUCGGGCAGGAGUCUGCAUUUGAGGUUUGGACAAUUAUGAAGGAUCUUAUCCUGCAAUAUAAUCCAGCCGAUGAGGGAGCCAUCAAGUGUAGGCAUCUGAUAGUCCAACAAGCAUACAAUUGCCUCAAUUUUGAACGAUUCCGAGACUUACUGUCACACGCUUUUGGUCCACAGCUCGGCUCGAAGCUCUGGAGCAUGCUAAAUUUCAUUGCCAGGCCGCUGGUCGAUUGCCGAUUAAUGAGAUCACUGGCUACCCGAGAGCUGCAGUUCCAAAAUUGUAAGCUUUCACUAGUUCCGCUGAAACCUAAGAUGACUUUGGAUGUGAAAUAUGUGGUUGGAAUAACCGAGGCGUGGGAUCGACUAGGGCUGGGAUCUACACCUGAAAGCCUUCUUUCGUCGAGCCAAGUUUUUGAAAUGACCUGUGCAAAGUCAUCUACUCUGCAUGCCGAGAUGCAACUAGUAUUGCACUGUAACGAUGGGUCUGCACCUCAGCCUACUCUGAACUACUUUGGAUGCAGUAAAAAGACCUGCUUGCUUUGUGAAAUCUUUCUGAGCGCGUUGCCAAAUCCAAUUGUAACACGUGGAAGGCAUGGUAUUUGCUAUCCUGCUUGGGCUGUGCCUGGCCCAAGGUCGUCUACUACACAGGUCGCCAUUGAAAGUUUAGAGAAGAAUCUUGUAGCUCGCAUUCGAGGGGUUGUCCAAGAUUCGAUGCACGGCGGGCAAAAGCAUACCGCCCCGAAUGUCAUGCAAUCUGGCAUAGUUUCAAGCUUUUCGCAGUUGACUUUACAAGAAUGGCAGCAGAGACAGGAGGAAGUGCGGCUCUUCAAUGAGAAGCAGACAGCUCAACGCAAGGAGAUGCUGAUAACGCGCCAAUAUGACAAGGAGGACGGCGUCAGCUGGACAGAGAUUGCCCCUUUUCCCUUUCUCGGAAAGGACAACCCUGUCAAAGGCGUAAUGCGCAUCGAACAUAACCCAGUACGGUCUCGCAACCUGGGGGCUGGGUUUGCAGCCUAUUCACCGUAUAAGGAGGGAUACUGUGUCUGCUUGAUACAUCGCGAAGCUUAUUUGAUUGAUGGAUCGAUUACGAAUAGAAGUGUUUUAGCUUCUGUGGCAGCAUCAUGCACAUCCCCGACCCCGCAUGAAUAUCGUGGUCCUAUGAUUGCUCUACGAGGGGUUCAUCAUGAAGACUAUGCUGACAUAACCCUAGCUGACUUUCGACACUUGAUGGACUACCUGAUAAGCUAUCGAAACACGCAUAUAAAGGAAAGCGUUCCAGAUCUGCAUCAUCGCGCCCCAACAACCGUUCGCGGCGUAAAGAUUUGCUGUGACGGCGAAAUUAAUAUUCAUGGAUCAAACCCCUUUGUUGCCGUCGACGUCACUGGAGCAAACCGGGUUGCCCUGGGCGAAGGAUCUAUCUCGCCUAUUUCUUGUUGCCUUGGCAUGCCUCUGAUGUUAUGGAAGGACUCAGGCAGUGAGUUCUUCCAUAAUCCGCCGGGUUUGCAUAAUUCCACUAUGGUGGAAGACAAUGAAAAUGCUGCGUUUUUAAUGAUGGGUACCAAUCCUACCAGAGACGACUGGGGUUGGGUGCCCGCGUCCUGGAAUAGAGACAUUGGGAACGUCUGGGCAGUUCGUGCAGACGGAAUUGAUUUGUCCGUGGACGAUGUGGCAAUGAUGUGCCACUUUGCAAGGCACAAACUACAACGCAUGUUUGAGGAUGAGAUGGAAUCUGAACUCCCCAACACAGAGAGUAGACAGAGAGUUCUAGAUUUCAUUACCUGGGAAAACAUGACCGCUUAUUGGGAUAAAGUUAGCUAG